CUUUGGCACAACGUGUGAGAAAGCCUUCCUCCUGUCGCAGACUUUGAGGUUCUCGUUGAAUAGAGUUAAACCCUCAUCCGAAUAAUACAUGUCAAGGAUCUGACUUAAACGAAGGCUAUAAAAGUCAUCCACCCAGUGAUGGGAGGUGUUACUAUGUCUCUAAAAAGGUGUGGUGUAGAAACUUGUUAGGCGAAAUCAAAGGGAUAGCGUGUCUUUUCGACGUAAAAGAAGCAAAAGUACAAGAGCACUGGUUGCAGCAGUCUGCAAGAUGAUUAGACUAUAUUCUUGCAUUAUUUUAUUUUCUCUUGGAGUUUUUGCACAAGAAAAUGCAUACCUAAGAGUUUCAUCAACGCUUCAAGAAUGUUAUGAAAAUGGUUACCUUUUAGAGAAGGAUAACAGAUUGCCUCAUACUUUAAACACAUUAAUCGCAAUUAUUGAGAAGAUUGAAAAUGUAGAAAGUUUAAACCUGGAUGCACGAAGUCUGGCUGUUUCGAUCAUGCAUAGGUUUCGACAGGAUGGAAUAGUAAAGAUCCCAUCCGUCCCGAAGAAAUCCCGUGUGCUGCCUUACAUGGUAGACGAACAAGGUGAGAAGUAUCUGCAAAUACUUCGCUUUAUACCGGAAAACUCACCUGUGCUUCCAUACGACGUGAUUACUGAUAUUGAAAGGUGCACUCUUCAUUUCAUGCUGUCUAGCAGUAUCGAAAUGUAUGAAAGAGGGGACGAGGGCACAGAAUGCAGACACACCGAUAAUGCGUACAGAAAUGCAAGAAGCGUAAGCAGCAAUCAUUCUGGUAAUUCAGAGAGUGAUAUUCAUGAUGAUGUGGAAACUCUAACACCGGAACAGAUCGACGUUAUCACAAAUCAUAAAAACGGAGUCACGGAAGAUGCAAUUGACCCAAAUGCUUUGUAUCCGGAGUUGCCGCCGAAUCAUCCGGAAAUCGCCCGAGUCCUCGCACGGCCACCGACGAGCAGGUGUCCCGUGGAAAACGGCGUUGUAAAAACCAACUGGGGUCCGGUUUCCGCAGGGCCGGUAAUCGCUGGUAUAGCUGCUGGACUGCAACCUGAGACGGUGAAAAUCUCAACUGUGCUUCGCAAUGAAUCGCCAGAGAAGAGAUCAAACAUAUCAGACAUAUCGUUGGAUAACAGAUGGAUCGCGACUGUGGCUGGCGAUCUAGCUGAAGUUGCUUUACUGCAAGGCCCUAUGUAUGAAACAGUUAGCGUGGGUGUAAACGGAAAUUGGAACUCAUCGUUCCUGCCGCGUUGGUAUUUUCUGAAGACCAACGAGAAGCUCGAAUUUACCACGGCAGAAAUCAGAGGAGAUCUCGAUGGAUUAAUUCUCGCUAACGAAAUUGAUUCUUUGUACCAAAAAAUACCCACUCUGAGAUUAUCGCAGAUCUUGGAUAUGUAUUACAGUGCUCACGGUCUGUUCAAUUCUUCAAUUAGAGCGUGCAAUCGAGGAACAACGUUCAAAGAAGUUGUGCCACGUUCAAUGAUGAUUGAACAGGCAUACGCCGCUUCGUUAGUCGUGAAGGAAUAUUAUCGAACAGCUACAAUGCACGACGAUGUAAUCGAGGCAUUUGCAACACAGGCGGUCGAUGAGUUGUCUACGUAUGUCUCUUCUUCGAUGAGUAAGGAUUUAUCCUGCCAGGACACAGACACGGGACAUUUCAAUGAUGUUAUUCAGACCGCUGUUGAUCUGACAAUUAUUCUCGAUACAUCAUGGACCUUUGAUUUAAUACAACCAAUCCUUGCAAAUAUAUUGGACAAGCUGAAGGUAAAUCGAUUCACCAGCCAGUACACAAUUAUUAAUGGGCAUGACGGUAGCAUCAUGAUGAAUACUACCAGUAACAUUUUAAAUUUCGGUCAUUACAAUAUAACAAAUUACAGAAAUGUUUCUGCCGGCUUCGAUUUCGCUAAAUCGCUCGACAAAUUGUUGAACAUGCAAAGAGAAAAAUUAAAUUACGAGCGUAGCACCCUUGGAAACGCAAAGUCCGACGUAAUUUUAGUUAUUCCGCAUGCAACAACUAUUUCCGACUCCGACCAUGCUUACUGCAUGGAUCAGUUAAAGAAAAUGCGAGAGCAAGUGCCGGACGCCAAGCUAUUGAUAUUGUCUUACGGACAAACGGAUAGAUGGGCAAGUUUUGUGACCGAUUCGACGACCGACUUGUUUUCUACGAGCACGAGUGACGUACAAGGCACAAUUUCCAAUUUAAUUUCAAGGAUAAGACAAGUACCGCAGCGCUUGAUCAACACGCAAUGCGGAGCCGACUAUUCCGUUGUUGGAGAUCGUCCCAAUUCGUUUUUCGAUUACGUUCAGCCAUCCACGACGGUUCUUUAUAGGUUGCACCCGAAUUAUUUCUUCUCUAGGGAUAGCGGUUAUACUGCCACGAUAAAAAUCGAAGGAUCCGGUUGGGGUGAUCUAAAAGUAUGCACGACACGGCAGCUCAUGAAUAUUAAAGAGAUCGCAGACGCAAGUAUAUCGUGCACAUCGAUAAAUAGUAAUACGCAUACUAUUUCGUUCUCCUGCGGAGAGGCCGAGUACAUACAUCUCUGUCCGCCAAUGUAUCUGUCAAUAACCGCAAAUUCCUCGAUCAGAAAUUUCCAAUGUACAGAUACGAAAGCAUGCAGAUUUCCUCAUAUGAUAAAAUAUACGGUUUCCUACGACAAUUUAGUGUGCGUAAGUAGUGCAAGUAUAAGUAUGCUUAAUGCCAUCGUUCUGAUCAUAAGUAUGAUUUAUAUCCUUUUGUAAUACACACGGAAAUGUGAAUUUUUUUAAUAAGCAAGAUUCAGGACAAAUGUGUUUCAAUAUCAGUGAAAUUAGAUUUAGGAACCGAAUGUACAUAUCAUAUAUCUAGUAUUACAUUUCCGCAAUAGGCUCAUAGGAUAUUUUAUGACGUACCAUUUUUAUAUGUAUGUAUUGAUAAUGGCAAAAGUGUUGAAACAAGAAACUUAUUUGUAUAAAUAGACAUUUAAUAUAGAUACAAGAUAUUGUACCUUUAAAUGAAA